ACCACGUGUCUCCUACCGGCGUGCUUGUUCCUCCACUGCUCGAUUCACCACUUUUCAUUCCUAAACGAGUCAAACGAGUCAGGGCAGGGAGUGUACUAGCAAGAUGGCGGCGCGGUGGGGUGCAGGCGAGGAGACUUUAACAGUAUGCAAUAUGGACAUUUUUGCUAUGGAUACACUAGACGAGACUGAUGGGCUGAGCUCAGCAGAGACUCUGGAGGCCCUUCAAAACUGCUUAGACCCCUCUCUUCUUUCCAUCUUUGAGGACACUCCAACAAUAGAGACUAAAGGACUAGAUGAGGAAAGUGAAGCCACGCUGCUAACCGCCCUGACUGAGAUCCUUGACAAUGUGGAUGAUGAGAACCUAUCCCCAUUUGACACGCUGCCUGACUCAGACCUGCUGUCAGGUCAAAAGGGCAGGGAACUCUCUCCGCUCAGGAGAUUGCUGUGUCUGUCCCGCUCCCCUCCAGAGAAAGACACACUAUAUAGCGCAAGAGCCAUAUCAACUGGAAAGAGCAUACCUAGGAUGCUGGCGGACUGUCUCCAGAGAAGUGAUGGAGAGGAAGAGGAAGAUGGCUCCCUCACUCUGAGCCCAGUGAGUCACGAUUCAUGUCCUGACAGUGACCUGCUACACUGGGAAGGUCUGACCCUCCCGCUUCCUGUCACCUUUGAGCAGGAGGUUGAAGAUGGCAUUUCUGUUAGCCUCGGCGACUUGGUCAGGCAUAUGCACCCGUACUGUAUGGCCAUUUGUAUGGAGAAUGAUGAGGGGGAACAGAUGUUGCCCGAAGGAGGCAUCUUACUUGAAGUUGUGGACCAGGGUGAAAAUGGAGAACCCAUCCUGGCCAUCCCAGACAUGGAUCUCCCGGUCUCUCUUUCACUGGGAAAAGAAGAGCAGUAUUCAGAAAUUGAGCAGGAAGUUUCAGAUGAAGCAGAAGUGUCCUCUGACAGUUCCGAGCAUAUAGUCGUUGACGAUGAAGAUGAAGCUCCACUUGCAGCCCCUGUGACACCGCAUCUAUGUUCAGAUGUGAAAGAUAAAGUAAUCAUUGAGGGACAGAAGGAAGAGAUAAAGGAGAAAAGCCCCUCCCGGAGAAAAAAGAAAAAAUGCAAGGAACAUUACCAACCCAAACCUGUAGAGGGAAGGGUCCUCAGGAGUGGAACCGUAAGAAACGUGGCACAGGAAUCUAUCAAAAAGCCUAAAAAAAGGUCAGUCAAAGAAAAGAAGAAACACCCAGUUCCAAAGGUUCCUCUUGCCUCAACUCCAGUUUCUUCCUUUGUAAUACCUAAGAAACUAAAUCCAUGCCAAAUGGAAAUCCUCCCUACAACACUAACGCCUAAAAUGAAUGUGCAAGUUGCCACAUCUGUGUCACCCAGACAAGAAACGGCGGUAUUAAAUGGUAGACCUGAGAAAAGUCAGCCUGGCUGUUCGCCCACAACAGUGAGCUCCCAACAGCCCGAUGAAAGGCCUAAACAGCCGUACCGUGAGAAGCUGGAAGUCUCAUUAGCAGUUCCCUCUGCUGUCCUGCCCCCGGUGUCUUCAGAGAGCGCUGCAGCUGCUCCUAGUCCCACAACACCCCAGAUGACACCACCUGUUAGUGAGGCCCUUCCUCCUGCGGCCCCUGUAGUCCCAGAGCCAAAGCCCAAAUCACUCAGUCUAGCAGAGUACCGGCGGCUCCGACAGCAGAAAAAACCAGCUCCGGUGGAAAAACAAGACGACAACAGCACCAAGUGGCCUAGUCUGCCAGAGCUUCCUAAAGAGCUUCCCCUCAUUCCCUGCCUGCCCGACCCCAGCCCCAAGGAUCUUCGUCGCCCCAACUCCCAGGCAGAAGCAGACGAUGUCAGACCUGCUUGGAAGCCAAGGGGACUGUGUGCACCACCCACCCCUGAGGCGCUGUUGGCGCCACCGGCCUACAUGGUUGCCUCAUCCAGCAAGGUUUCCACUGUUGCUGCUGUUUCUAAACCUCAUCAAAUUCCUGGACCUUCCAAACCUUCUCUACCCCAAGACCCCUCAGUCCCUGCCCCAAAUUCAGUUAAGAAUGUACCCGCACAUCAACACACCGCUGCUCAAUCUGCAGUACCUUGUGUGCCUCCGAGCUCUGGGUCUCCAGCUUCUUUAAAAGCUACCACUCAGUUUCUGUCGUCAGCAGAGGGGAGAUGUUCUCCUGCACUUUCGGGAGGGAAGUUUGGCGUUGAUGAAAGGCUCACACCUCAGCCUGCAUCUCCUAAGUCUGUAGAGCUCACUAAAACUACUACAGAGGCGAUCAAAACCACCGCUGCCUCUGUGUCUGUGCCCAGUGUCCCCCAGAAGAUCAUUGUUGUUUCCCAGAAGGUGCUUGACGUUACUGCCCUUAAGUCAUUAAAUAACCCCAUCACAUCUGAUGGAAAGUACUCCAAACCCACUGCCAAUGGUACGCAGCUCAGUUCUUCCCCGGCUACACAUCCCUCAGACUCUCUGAGUCUAAAGACAAAACCUGUUGUACUUGAAACUAAAGAGAAGCCCACUACAGCAGUGAAACCCCAGAGGGUUAAGAGCUCCACACAGGAGCUGAUCGAGGCCUUCACCACUGAGAUAGGUAUUGAAGCUGCUGAUCUGACUAGCUUGCUGGAGCAGUUUGAGGAAACCCAAGCCAAAGAGGAAAAAUGUGUGCCGGAGGUCUCUGGUAGAGCAGCAGCUGUAGGAAACUCGAGUGUUAAGUUGGUUCCAGAGAACACCGUUGUGGAGCGUGUGAGAGCAAAUGACCUCUCGAGUACCGCAGCUUUGACUCCUCCAGCUACUCCUCCCCACCAGAUGUGGAAACCUCUGGCGCCUGUGGCCCUGCUGGGGAAGAGCAAGACCGCUGAGGCCCUAAAGUUGAGCCCCUCCAAGGUUAUCCAGAUAGAAGCCCGGCCUCUGCCCUCAGUCAGGUCCCGCAGCAAGCCCACUCCUGCGGUUGCCACUGUAUCCGCCGAGCUGGCAUGCAUGGACCAUGACUAUUGUCUCCCCAUCAAAGGUACUCCCGCUGGAGAGCCAGGCAAGCGUUGGAAUGUCAAACAGCCAUCUUUCAUCACUAUUAAACCCAUCAAGCAAUCCACUACAACCACUACACAAAUACCCCCAGCUGCCCCGGCAUCGUCUGCCCAGCCAAACACAAAUUCUGAGUUUCCACUGACGGAGCCCUUGGAUCACAGGACUGAUAUGGUGGAGAAAAGCUCUGUCCUGGAGACUCCUGAUGCGUCGCCUGCUCGGCAGCAAACUGAUGCCACUGAUAAAGAAGGAAGCUCCAGGAGAGCGCCUUUUGGGAGGGCCUACCGUCAGCAUGCUGCUUCUCGCACACCCAGCCCAAGAUCUAGUCCCAAAGAGAGGACUGGAGGCCGGUCUAGAAAAAGAUCCCAUCGUUCUCCCAGCCCCAUGUCCGGCAGUUCAGAGUCAGACUCCCAUUCCUCUAGAUCUCGGUCUAGAUCACACUCUCCAUCUAAGAAAAGGUAUCGUCCUCGUCACUCUGAGAGUAGUUCCAGCUCCUCAUCCCGUUCCUCCUCUCGGUCCUCUCCCUCUGUGUCCCGCUCCCCUCCCAGGAGGAGGAGAUACUCGUAUUCCUCCUCUCGUUCUGGCUCUUGGAGUCGCUCCAGAUCGCGGUCUCGAUCGCCUCAGAGACAAGCACAGUGGAGUAGAACCAGAAGAUUGUACAGUCCCUCAUGCAUGUCCAGCUAUGGUCAGAGUGGAAAUACAAAUGUGGAGGUGAAGAAGCGCAAGGAGAAAGCCAUUGAGGAGCGCCGGGUUGUUUACGUUGGUCGCAUUCGGGGAACGAUGACCCAAAAAGAACUUAAAGAGCGCUUCUCUUUAUUUGGCGAGAUUGAAGAAUGCACCCUGCACUUUAGAGACCAUGGGGACAACUAUGGGUUUGUGACUUAUUACGACACCAAGAAUGCAUUCACGGCCAUCGAGAAUGGAAGCAAGCUACGCAAGUCUGAUGAGCUGCCGUUUGAUCUCUGCUUUGGUGGAAGGAGACAGUUCUGCAAGUCCAACUAUGCUGACCUGGAUUCGAGUAGAGAGUACGAUACAUUGUCUGGCAAAGACAAGUUUCAUGCACUAGACUUCGACACUUUAUUGAAGCAGGCCCAGCAGACUCAGAAGAGGUAACAAGAGGCCUGCAGCAGGAAGCGGCUGACACUUACCUCAGAGCCAACUGUUGGCUCCUCACCUGCAUACAUUGUCUUUACAUUUAAGUUGUUGCAUUAGUUUUAUUUUGUUUAUUUUGUUUCUGCAAGCUACCACCUUCUAUUGAAGUGAAGAUUUGUAAUGAAAGUAGUAAAAGAAAAAAAAUGGAAUAAGUGAAAUUAUUUUUUUUUUAAAGUUUAUUUAAAUGUAUAAACCAAAUUUGAAUUGUAUCGAGAGAAUCAUUUUUAAAAGGGGAAAUGUAAGUGAAAUGGAGCUCUCUCAUUGCUGGGAGAGGUUGUGAUACAUUAAAUGUACUUCAAACCUAAAUAAAAUAAAAUAAA